AUGCUGCGUCAAUUCAUGGAGCGUCGUCCAUCGUUCACCUUCAGGACUUCUCAGUCUGCGCCCAAAUACCGUAACGAAGUGGAGAAGCAAGAUCUGUCGGCGCUGUUCUCGUCAUUAUCAAAGGUCGUUAUCGAGCAUAACAUUGAUGCUGACCUUGUCUUUAAUGUUGACCAAACUGCUAUUAACACUGCAAGGAAGCAUAAGCUCGUGAUUGCGGCCAAAGGAUCUCUGAAUGUAAGGCACAAGGACAUCAAUGCGCAUUUCCAACCUGAGGUUUGUAGCGUGUGGCAGCUGUGGUGA